CGACGCUCACACCAUCCAGUAAGUCUAAAACGAAUACACCCUAGUCCCGAUCCUCUCUCUCUUCAUUCCAUACUCUCCGCAACAGGUCAAUAAACAUUAACGAAUCCCCAGAUCCAACUAUUUAACAACUAAUUAAAGCGAUCAAAUCCCCCAAACAUCCCCGCCAAAUCUCUAUUCACGAAAAUGUCAACCGAUAGCGACGAUUUAGACGAGGACGAGCUCCUCCAGAUGGCCCUGAAGGAGCAAUCGCAGCGCGAUGUCAACUACCAGAGGCCGCCACCGCCUUCAGCUUCCGGGGAUCCCUCUAAAGUGGUUAAUUUUGUGCAGCCUUCGCAGCAGAAGGCAAGGGUGCCCCCGCAGAAGGGAGCGGGGAGGGGGAUGAUGCUGCAACAGGAGAAGCACAAGAACCGGAGGCCGGUGGAGGAGGAUGACGAUUCGGAGGUUGAAAUGCUGAGCAUUUCCAGUGGUGACGAGGACAUUGGCGAGGAACGAGGUGCUGUUGCGGCAGCUAAGGGCAGAGGAGGAAGCAGGGGAGCGAGGGAGGAUGAUAGAGGGUGGGAUGGGGAGGAGCCUGAUUGCUGGAAGAGAGUUGACGAGGCUGAGCUUGCUCGUAGGGUUCGGGGAAUGCGAGAGACGAGAACUGCACCUGUGACUCAAAAGUUUGAGAAGAAGCCAUCGGUUGUGAUUAGAAAGGGACUUAACAAUCUACAGUCUUUCCCUCGUGGCAUGGAAUGUAUUGAUCCUCUAGGAUUGGGGAUAAUAGAUAACAGAUCAUUAAGGUUGAUAACCGAGUCAUCAGAAAGCUAUCCAUUAAAAUCUGAUAAAGAUUAUUUGGAUGAUGAUCUUCGAGAGAAGUUGAUAUAUUUCUCUGAAAAAUUUGAUGCAAAACUUUUCCUGUCUCGGAUACACCAAGAUACAAGUGCAGCAGAUUUGGAAGGUGGUGCUCUUGCUUUGAAGACCGAUCUCAAAGGACGUACUCAACAGAGGAAACAAUUGGUUAAAGACAAUUUUGACUGCUUUGUCUCUUGCAAAACCACAAUCGAUGAUAUCGAGUCAAAAUUAAAACGUAUUGAAGAAGACCCUGAGGGUUCAGGGACUUCCCAUUUGUUUAAUUUAAUGCAAGGAGUAAGUUCACUGGCUAAUCGUGCUUUUCAGCCUCUCUUUGAGAGACAGACGCAAACUGAGAAGAUCAGAUCUGUCCAAGGAAUGCUUCAGCGGUUCAGAACACUCUUUAACUUGCCUAGUACAAUUCGUGGGAGUAUCAGCAAAGGUGAAUACGACUUGGCGGUUAGAGAAUACAAGAAGGCGAAGUCAAUUGCUCUCCCCUCUCAUGUGAAUAUACUUAAACGGGUUCUUGAGGAGGUCGAAAAGGUGAUGCAUGAGUUCAAGGGCACACUUUACAAGUCAAUGGAAGACCCGCAAAUAGACCUGACAAGUCUUGAAAACACAGUAAGACUGUUAUUGGAGCUGGAACCAGAGUCCGAUCCUGUUUGGCAUUAUUUAAAUGUUCAGAAUCAAAGAAUUCGAGGAUUGCUCGAGAAGUGCACGUUAGACCAUGAAGCAAGGAUGGAAUCUCUACAUAAUGAGAUGCGUGAAAGAGCCAUCUCCGAUGCCAGGUGGAGGCAAAUGCUGAAAAAUUUAAAUCAAUCUUCAGACAUCAACAACUCACUUUCUCUGAGGAAUGUAAAUUUGCCAGUAGAUGCAGAGCCAAUAGACUUGACUGGUGAAGAAGUUGAUGCUCUUAGAGGAAAGUAUAUCCGCAGGUUAACUGCCGUACUUGUUCAUCACAUUCCAGCUUUCUGGAAAGUAGCCCUCUCUGUUUUCAGUGGGAAAUUUGCAAAGCAGGAAAAGGUUGGUGAUGCAAAGUACUCAAGUCAUUCCCUUGAUGAAGUUGCUGGAAUGAUAAGAACUACUAUAUCUGCAUAUGAAGUCAAGGUUCAAAACACAUUUCGUGAUCUUGAAGAAUCCAAUAUCCUCCGAUCAUACAUGAGUGAUGCCAUAAAGGAAAUAUCUAGAGCAUGUGAAGCUUUUGAAGUGAAAGAAUCAGCUCCUCCCACUGCUGUCAUGGCACUUAGAGCACUUCAGGCAGAAACUACAAAGAUCUACAUCCUAAGGCUUUGCUCUUGGAUGCGGGGAUCAUCUGAAGAGAUUUCAAAAGCCGAAACUUGGGUUCCAGUAUCAAUUCUUGAAAGAAAUAGAUCACCAUACACUAUAUCUUACUUGCCUCUAGCAUUCCGGUCAAUUAUGGCCUCAGCAAUGGAUCAGAUAAAUUUGAUGAUUCAGUCCUUAAGAGGCGAGGCUACAAAGUCUGAAGAUUUGUUUGCUCAACUUCAAGAAAUUCAAGAAUCCGUUAGGCUUGCAUUUUUGAAUUGUUUCCUAGAUUUUGCAGGUCAUUUGGAGCAUAUUGGGAGCGAGCUUGCACAGAGCAAAUCAAUGAAAGACAUUUCACAUGUACAGAAUGGAUAUUCUCAUGAAACAGAAGAUAAAUUGUGGUCGGAUCUCCCGGGAAGUAUUGUUGAUUCGCAUCAGCAGUUACUUAUAGUCUUAAGUAACAUUGGUUAUUGCAAAGAAGAACUUUGUCAUGAGUUGUACAACAAGUACAAAAACAUCUGGCUGCAGUCUAGGGAAAAAGAUGAUGAGGACAGCGAUAUGCAAGAUUUAGUUAUGUCUUUCUCUGGGCUUGAAGAGAAGGUCCUUGCACAAUACACUUUUGCAAAGGCAAAUUUAAUCAGAACAGCUGCCAUGAACUAUUUGUUUGAUUCGGGUGUUCAAUGGGGAGCAGCGCCUACAGUCAAAGGUGUUCGAGAUGCAGCUGUGGAGUUAUUGCACACUUUAGUUGCCGUACAUGCAGAGGUUUUUGCUGGAGCUAAGCCACUCUUCUGUUAUCUGAUUAUAUUAUCUGUCACUCGUAAAAUAAUUUUUUUUUUUUUUAAAAAUGAAGUAAUUUCCUCAUUGCAGGUUUUUGCUGGAGCUAAGCCGCUCUUGGAUAAAACGCUUAGCAUUCUUGUAGAAGGUCUUAUUGAUACUUUUCUCAACCUUUUUCAUGAAUACGAAUCUAAGGAUCUUAGAUUACUUGACGCAAAUGGCUUCUGUCAACUCAUGCUUGAGCUUGAAUAUUUUGAGACCAUAUUGAAUCCAUAUUUUACCGAUGAUGCACGGGAGUCUCUGAAGUCUCUGCAAGGGCUGCUGCUAGAAAAAGCCACUGAGAGUGUUACUGAAGCUGUAGAGAAUCCAGGACAUCACCGUCGACCAACUCGUGGGAGUGAAGAUGCACUUGCGGAUGAGAGACAGCAAGGGAUGACUGUCUCUCCUGAUGACCUGAUUGCUCUUGCGCAACAGUAUAGCUCUGAGUUGCUCGAAGCGGAGCUUGAGAGGACUCGUAUCAAUACUGCAUGCUUUGAGGAAUCGAUGCCACUAGACUCGGUGCCCGAAUCAGCUAAAGUUGCUUAUGCUUCUUUCAGAGGGUCAGUGGAUUCUCCUAGCAGAAAUUACAGAGGCAUGCAAGCUGUUGGAUCCCCAAGUUUUUCACGACACAAGCGUAGAUAGAUUGGUUAGUUCUAGUGAAUUGUGAGUUUUGGUUACUUAAAACUUUUCAUGUGUAUUUUGUUCUAUCAUGGUUGUAAGAGCAGUCAAAUUACAUGAGCCUGUCAUUUUAUUCAUGGGUGUAAAGUUGCGUUCAAGAUUUCUUCUGUUGUAUUUACCACAUUCUUGGCAUAUUACAAAAUCUUGCUAGUAAACAUUACCUCAAUUUUUGAUCCAAGGUUGUCCU